ACAACUUGGGUGGGCAUGUGUAAUUCAAGCGAAGACCAGUACCAACUCGAGUCUGAUCCAAGUUCUCUUCUUUAAAUCCCAAAAGCUAAAGCUAGCAGAGGAUCAAAUGGACUGGACAAUUGUUAGCUGAUGAUAUACGCUGUUGGAACUUGGAAGCCGACCCAAACAGCCCAAGACGAGUCACUCGGAGGUUCAAAAUUACAAGAAAUUGCUGUGGCUAAGAUUGAAUGUGACCCCACAAAAUCCUACAACACCAUUGACGCUGAGCUCACAUUCCCGUUUUCCACAAGUGCUCACUUGUAGCAGUAAUUCUUUGCAAUAAUCUCAGCCCUUUGCACAUACACAUAGCCAAUUCCUUGAAGCGUAGACAGCAGAGAAAAGAGUUACUUGGAAUCUUAGAAGAAAUUAGUCAGAGAAAAUGACAAUUACACCUUCAGUUUCCAGACUGCAUUCUCCAUUCAUAUGCUGUCCUCUCAAGAUUUCUUCUUCUUCUUCUGGUCUUCUUACGCAGAAAUCAAUUAGGAACCGACGCUGCCCAACUUCUUAUCCAUGCAUCAGAGCUAUUGAACUUGACCAGAAUACGAUAGUAGCAAUAACGGUAGGUGUGGCCAGCAUUGCAGUUGGGAUUGGAAUUCCAGUUUUCUAUGAAACCCAAAUUGACAGUGCGGCCAAAAGAGAGAAUACCCAGCCAUGCUUCCCUUGCAAUGGCUCUGGUGCUCAGACGUGCAGAUUUUGCAUGGGAACUGGAAGUGUGUCAGUCGAGCUUGGUGGGGGUGACAAAGAAGUCUCCCGCUGCAUCAAUUGUGAAGGUAUGGGAUCCUUGACAUGCACUACAUGUCAAGGAAGUGGCAUUCAACCUCGAUAUCUUGAUCGCAGAGAAUUCAAAGAUGACGAUUAGGAUAUCUCCGAGCUACUGUGGUUCGCUCAAUGGUGAGCCGCGCUUCAGUCAUGGAGCAAUCCCACAGCUAUUCGUGAAUAACAACCUCAGUUGUUCCCUCUUUUGCUCAGCCAGACUCUUUAUAUUGGUAUUCAUUUAUGUAUGGCUAACAAGUUGUUUAUCAGUGAACAAAAUUUGUACACGAUCUCGUUUUCCACUUGCUUCUAGAUUUCCAACUGGUGUAUCUGAUUAACAAUGUAAGCAUAUGCAAUACCAAGUGGAUAUUGAAGAUGCAAAAGCAUGUGUAUAUAGUUACAGUUGUCGUAUGCAAAAA